AUGUCUUCCAUCUCCGCCCAUCUUCUCUCACGGUCAGCCUCGGGCCGGCCGCUCGGCUUCACAAGACUCUCCAGUUUCAUUAGCUCCAUCAGCCACCUGACAGAUGCGGAAAGUCAGCUGUACUUUGAACACCUCGAUGCCAAAUCCCGGCUACGGGCCCAGCAGCCCCCCUGCCGUAUCUCUCAGGGACGACCGGCGCCUCGUUUUCUCCGACCACAAAUCCAUGACCCACGAUCCUCGAGCUGGGUAGCGCUUGAGAAAACCAAAGUUCAAGAAGGGUUGGGACGGGGCAAGCUUCUUAAGGUUGUAUCGGGGAACAUCGAGUGCUUCGGGCCCGGCCCAGCAGCUCGCGCUUCCGCAGCGCUAGGUCAUCUCACGGGACUGUUUGGGGAAGAACCGGGACCUCUUGUUGUCAUGCUCCAAGAAGUCCAGCGUGAAUCGCUCCAAGCCAUCAUGGACAACUCCUGGGUACAACGGAAUUUCGUCCUCUCCAAUGUCGAACCUCCGGAAUCAAUCUACACCGAUACUGCAGGGGAUUCCUUUGUCUUGAGAGACAUUGAAUGGGGCGCUCACCCAUAUUUCACUCUCAUGAUGACGCCGAGGCAUCUGGCAAUAACGAGUUGCUUCCGGGUUCCAUUUGUCACGAAGAUGGGAAGGGAUGCUCUUGUUGUUGAUAUUCCUGUAUUCAGCCCUGGCAGAUGUACCCAGCUGAAGGAAUCCUUCCGCCUUUGCACGACGCAUCUGGAGUCACUUUGGGAAGGAAGAGUCUACCGUCCUGGUCAGUUGGCCCUGAUCUCAGCGUUGCUGAAAGGGGCACCUGCCACAGAGUCCAAGAUAACUGCAGGCCUUAACACCUCUUCCACAAGCGUCUGGGAGGACGUGCCGGCACCACCCAUCCCUGUUUUCAAGCCGUUCCAGAAAGACCUCUCUUAUGGCCAAGCUAGAGGAAAUACAUGGAGCCACCAGUCGAAAAGCAGCCGGGAACGGAAGCGUAUGGACAAGUUCUUCUACACGGGUUCGCUCGAAACAGUCGCCAUCCAUGAGGCUCAAGAUAUCACUGGCAGGUUAGGACGACUCGGUAUCAGCCUGAAAACGGAGGUGGAGGCUUGGGAGUUCGAGUACAAGAGAUUUAAGAAAUCGUCCCUCAGACGGGGAAAGUAUGUGGAAGAGCCACACAAGAUAUACUUUUCUGAGAGCGCCGUAGCAAAGUUCCGAGAUGAAGAACAACUCGUAAGAAGGGAAUUGGUUCACACGAAAAUCAAUGCCUGGGUCAGCGAUCACUUUGGAAUUGCAGUCGGCAUCAAGGUCCUUUGA